AUGCCCCCCCAAACAAUCCGCCUCGGCACCGCCUCCCCCAGCACCCAACCCACCACAGCCGCAACCCUAACCCAGCUCGAGCACAUCGCCCGCCGCGCCGCAGCCCAACACAUCGACCUCCUCCUUCUGCCCGAGGCCUACCUCGGCGGCUACCCGCGUGGCACUCACUUCGGCAGUGUCAUCGGCGCUCGGACCGAUGCUGGACGCGAAGAGUAUCUGCAGUAUUUUCGGAGUGCGGUCGAUCUGGGUGAUACCGUCGGGGAUGGGGCCGGGGCCGGGCAGGCAUGGGUACGGAGGGAGUUAGCCGGGGAUGGGGUAACUGGGAGUGAGACGGGGGAUGUGGUGGGUAAUAAACGCGGGGAUGGGACGCGGGAGGAGUUGGAGCGGAUUGCGAGGGAGACGGGCGUGUUUGUUGUGACGGGGUUGAUUGAGAAGGCGGGUGGGAGUAUGUAUUGCUCGGUGGUGUAUGUGUGUCCGAAGCUGGGGAUUAUUGGGAAGCGGCGGAAGGUUAUGCCUACUGGAACCGAGAGACUCGUCUGGGCUCAAGGCUCGCCAGCAACCCUCCAAGCAGUGAGCACCGUCAUCCGGGGCGUGCGCAUCAACCUAGCCGCGGCUAUCUGCUGGGAGAACUACAUGCCGCUGGUCCGGCAGUCGCUCUACGCGCAGAACAUCAACCUCUACUUGGCGCCCACGGCGGACGGGCGGGAUACCUGGCUCCCCUUGCUUCGGACGAUUGGAAUCGAGGGCCGGUGUUUUGUGGUGAGCUCCAACAUGUGUGUCCGCAAGCCGUUGCCAGAAACGAACGGGCACACAAUCCCCGUACCCAAGGAACACGGCAAUAUUGCUGUCGAUGGGCCACACCACCGCGGCCGAAGAUCGUCGGUUAUCGACGAAGAUGGCAAUGAGAUUGUGCUCCCGGACUCUAUGCCGUCCCCACAGACCUCGCCCCCGAAGCCACGGGCCCGACGACAAUCCGUUUUCGACGAGGACGGCAAUGAGAUCGUUCUCUGCGCCACAGAAUCAGAUACUGCCACCUCCACUACCACUACCACUACCAACCCAUUCAACCCACCAUCCACCUCCAAACACCAUACCCAAGCCCCGACCCACCCCCCAAAACAACCCCAAACAAAACAACAACCCGAAUUCCUCUCCCGCGGCGGCUCCUCCAUAACCUCACCCUUCGGUUCCGUUCUCGCCGGCCCACAAUGGGACGACCCGUCACCGGACAGUCUGAUCUAUGCUGAUGUCGACUUUGACGAUUGUGUGCGGGGCCGGUUGGACUUGGACACGGGGGGAAGUUACUCGCGGAAUGACUCGUUUCGGUUGGAGGUUGCUGGGUUGAGGAUGGAGGCUUUGCCUUAUUGA